AGUACAUAACAGCAGUUCAAUUAAAAUAUGGUGAUUGCUACGAAGUUCAUUUUGGUGCUAAGCGAAUUAUUAUAUUAUUAAGCAGCGAUACAGCUUAUCCUAUUCAUACCUCCUCAGUGGCUCUUAAUUGUAAAUUCCUUUAUCGUGAUUCACCCAAUCCUGACCUAAAUGAAGUUGGUUAUGAGCAGAGUGGAAUAAUUGCUAAUAGAAAUUUAGAUGAAUGGAAAAUUAAUCGAGAAUUCUUUAAAAAAACUGUAAUGUCAAAAAGAUUUUUAAGAAAAUUUACAGGAAAGAUUUAUGAAUGGCUAACGAGGCUUGCUGGGGAUUUAACUGUUUCAACUGCAACUGGAAUAUCGACUUAUUCGAAACUUUCUUAUUUUAAUUCAUUUGGUUAUGAUUACAAUUAUGAUCAUAUUCCAGCUUCAAAGUGGGAACUAUCUUCAAAAGAAAGACGCGCUGAAAUUGAUUCAUUACCUUCGUUACCAUCUGACUUUUUAGCUUUGCUUCUUACCGCAAAUACACCUUGUGGUCAAAAAUGCAUUAUAUCAGUCAUUAAGCCGGUACGUCGUGUAAGCCCAUCAUUUCCUGCACUUCCACAACCAAAUUCUGAACCUGUAGAAAUUGGUGAAUAUCUAAUGAAAAAAGGAUCAACCAUUCUUAUUAAUUAUAAAGGAAUAAAUAUUAAUGAAAACGAUUGGAUUGAUUGA